AUAAGGAACCUGAAAUUAAUACGGUUUUUAACGGAACUGCUUGGGCUAAUAUGAUAGUUCAAAGAUGUAAAGAUAAAGGUUUGCAUUUUACCAAAACUAUUAAUUAUGAGGCUAUGACUUACAGUUUCAAAAACCUCGAUGGGCGACCUACCAAAAAUGAAACCAUGAACGAAAAUAAAACAACAACUCUCUACGAACACUACAAAAAUACUCCCAAAAAACUAAAAAUAGUUUGUGAUUGGGACGAAGUAAUUCAAGCUUAUAUCAAUGAUGGCAAAGGAGUUCAAUUUUCUCCUUAUGGUUCUCAAUUAAAAGGUUUUUACAAAGAAUUGACGGAGAAACAACAAGAAAUCAAAAACUCCCCAGACUUUUACCGAAAAGCACCAUUUUUAACCAUUGCUGAGGAUUUGUUGAAACUGAUAAAAGAGGAUAAAGUUGAGAAAUUGAUAUUCUUAUCUGCUUAUGAUAAAAGGAAAUUUCCUAAUGCAGAUUAUAGGAAAGUUAAUAUUUUUGUGAAGACUUUUUUUAAAUUGGUUACUUCUGCUAAAUAUGAAUUUAGACUGGAAUUAAUUCAUUUUGAUAGUGAAAUACGAAGUUCUGAAAGAACAAGUAUUGUCGGAGACCAAACCCAAGGACAAAGUAAAGCCGAUUGA